AUGCAAGAAAUCGUCCCUCGUUCCUAUACAUUUUGGUAUUAUGUUCCAUCACUGCCAGCGGCAGUCAUCUUCAUGCUUAUGUUCAUGGUUUUGACUGGGCUUCAUGCUUGGAAACUGUUCACAACUAGAACAUGGUUUUGUAUCGCUUUCACCCUUGGUGGUUUAUUUCAAAUAAUUGGUUACAUUGGCCGUUGCAUGGCACAUAGCAAUACCACAAGUAUGGGGCCAUACAUAGUGGCAAGCAUGUUCAUUCUCCUCGGCCCUACGCUCUACGCCGCCUCCAUAUAUAUGACCCUGGGCCGUUUAAUUCGUCGCAUCGGAGGAGAGCAUCUUUCAAUUAUUCGUGUCUCUCGUCUGACAAAAACAUUUGUCUGGGGUGAUGUUUUGUCUUUCGUCGUCCAAGGCAAUUCCUCGGCUCUUUCGGUUCUAGGGUAUGCUCAAUGGGGCAAGGUCGCGGUAGUUGCUGGACUAGCAAUUCAGCUUAUAUCCUUUUCUCUUUUCUGGUAUACGGCUAUCAUUUUUGAUAAAAGAAUCCGCCGCUCGCCUACUCACGAAUCUCUUCUUCCUGGAAUACCCUGGAAAAAGUCAAUGUACAUGCUUUAUGUGGUCAGUGCCUUGAUCAUGAUUCGCUCGAUCUUCCGGAUCAUUGAAUACGUUCUUGGAAACGAUGGUUAUCCCUUACAACAUGAGUGGACGCUUUAUAUUUUUGAUUCUGUUCCAAUGGCAAUUGUCAUGGUGAUCUUCUACAUUUGGUAUCCCAGUGAUAUCGCGCCGAAGACAGAUCUUGAAGGGAGCAUGCCCCUGGCACAUGUCUACUCGCAAGUCUAA